CCAAGGCGAAACCCGCCGAAAAACCUCAAACCGCGGAGCACAAGCCUGAGACUGACACCAAGGCGAAACCGGCCGAAUUACCUCAAACCUUGGAACACAAACCUGAGGAAGUCAAAACGAAACCUGCCGAAAAACCUCACCCCAUGGAACGCAAAUCAGGAUCUGACACUCAGACGAAACCGGCUGAAAUACCUCGAACCAUGGAAGAUAAGCCUGAGUCUGACACCAAGGCGAAACCUGCCGAAAAACCUCAAACCGCGGAGCACAAGCCUGAGACUGACACCAAGGCGAAACCCGCCGAAAAACCUCAAACCGCGGAGCAUAAACCCGAGAAAUCUUUGACGACGGAACACAAGCCUGAGUCUGACACCAAGGCGGUACACGCCGAAAAACCUCAAACUACGGAACACAAACUUGAGUUUGAAACCAAGAUGAAAACGGCCAAAAAACCUCAGACCACGCAGCAUAAACCCGAGAAAUCUUUGACCACGAAACACAAGCCUGAGUCUGAAACCAGGGCGAAACCCGCCGAAGAGCCUCAAACCGUGGAACACAAACCUGAGGAAACCAAGACGAAACCUGCCGAAAAACCUCACCCCACGGAACUCAAAUCAGGAUCUGAAACUCAGACGAAACCGGCUGAAAUACCUCGAACCAUGGAACAUAAACCAUUCUCGGACAUCCAGAUGGAACCGGCUGGAAAGCCCCUAGCCGUGGAACACAAGCCUGAGUCUGGAACCAAAAUGAAACCCGCGGAAAUACUUCAAACCACGGAACACAAGGCUGAGUUUGACAUAAAGACGAAACCUAUGGAAAUGCCUCAAACCAUGGAACUCAAGUCUGUGUUUGACACCAAGACAAAACCUGUUGAAAAACCCCACGCAACGGAACACAAGGCUGAGUCUGACAUAAAGACGAAACCUGUGGAAAUACCUCAAACCAGAGAACACAAGCCCGAAGAAUUGCUAACCAUGGAACACCAACCUGAGUCUGAAACGAAGACGAAACCUGUGGAAAUGCCUCAAGCCAUGGAACACAAACCAGGAUCUAAUAUUCUGACAAAACUUGCCGAAAAAUUGCAAUUCACGAAACAGAAAACCGCAAAACCUCAAACCACGGAGCAUAAACCCGAAAAAUCUUUGACCACGGAACAAAAGCCUGAGUCUGACACCGAGGCGAAACCGGCCGAAAUACCUCAAACUACGGAACACAAGCCUGAGUCUGACACCAAGGUCAAGUCUGACACCAAGGUGAAACCUGUGGAAAUACCUCAAACCAUGGAACAUAAACCCGAGAAAUCUUUGACGACGGAACACAAGCCUGAGUCUGACACCAAGGUGAAACCGGCCGAAAUACCUCAAACUACGGAACACAAGCCUGAGUCUGACACCAAGGUCAAGUCUGACACCAAGGUGAAACCUGUGGAAAUACCUCAAACCAUGGAACAUAAACCAUUCUGGGACAUCGAGAUGGAAUUGGCUGGAAAAUCCCAAGCCACGGAACACAAGCCUGAAUCUGACACCAAGGCGAAACCUGUGGAAAUGCCUCAAACCAUGGAAAAUAAACCAUUCUGGGACAUCGAGAUGGAAUUGGCUGGAAAGUCCCAAGCCACGGAACACAAGCCUGAGUCUCAAACUAGGGCGAAACCGGCCGAAAAACUCCACACAACGGAACACAAGGCUGAGUCUGACAUAAAGACGGAACCUGUGGAAGUACCUCAAACCAUGGAACAGAAGCCCGAAGAAUUGCUAACCAUGGAACACCAGCCUGAGUCUGAAACCAAGACGAAACCUGUGGAAAUGCCUCAAGCCAUGGAACACAAACCAGGAUCUAAUAUUCUGACAAAACUUGCCGAAAAAUUGCAAUUCACGAAACAGAAAACCGAAAAACCUCAAACCAUGGAGCAUAAACCCGAAAAAUCUUUAACCACGCGACACGAGCCUGAAUAUGACACCAAGGCGAAACCUGUGGAAAUACCUCAAACCUUGGAAGAUAAACUGUUCUCUGACAUCCAGACGAAACCGACCGGAAAACCUCAAGCCAUGGUACACGAACCAGGAUCUGAAAUUCAGACGGUACUUGCCGAAAAAUUGCAAACCACGGAACAGAAAAGCGCAAAACCUCAAACCACGGAGCAUAAACCCGAAAAAUCGCAAACAACGGAACACGAACCAACAUAUGGCACUCAAAUAGAACUCACUGGAAAGCCUCGAACCUCCGAACAAACAUCCGGGUCCGACUUUCAUCCACCAUUGAGCGUGGAUGAGGACGUGAUUGUUAAAGGAACUAGCUUGACGAAAUCGUGGUUGAAGGAUUGCAUAGAGGCAAGAAUCAAGCAGCGUCCGCGUUUGGGAAAGAUUGAGCCUUUGGGACCAGAGGCAAUUGGUUAUAUGUCCAUCAUAAGGAGAGUGCACUUGGAAUGGGAUAAAGAUCAAAAAGAUCUUCCACAGUCUGUCAUUGUAAAGAUUCCAUGCUCGUCUAAAGGAUCUGAGACCUUUGAAAAGUCAUCCGGAACGAAAAUGGAAGAGGGAGACAUGAAUAUGAUGCAAACAAUUGUUCAUGAGACAGAAACGAAGUGGUAUCGUAUCGUGCAAAAUUUAGAUCCAAAACCGUUACUCGUGCCUACGAUUUACGCAGCGGAAGGCUGCGCAUCCAUGAAUCCCAUUAUUGUCAUGGAAGACUUUCACGACUGUUUUCUGGUUGACUUUAUAGAAGGAUUUUCCGAAAAGCAGCUAUAUGCUCUAACAGAGCAGAUCGCGAAACUGCAAGCAUUCGGAAUCAAAAAUAAACAUUCAACUGAGAUUAUGAAGGGGGGACCAAUAAAGAUGAUGAUGGAAAGACCUGAGGCUGUGGAUGAGAUGCUUCCAGUUUGCCAAAAUCUCAUCGCUUGUAUGCCAGACCAAUUAGGUUGCAUAAACAAGUUCAUUGAAAGCACUUACGGUAAAGAUAUGAUGUGUACAGCCAAGCUUGUCAACGAGUACGAAGAAGGAAAAAGACCUUUCGCACUGGUCCAUGGAGAUUUAUGGGCUCCACAAGUACUAUGGAGAGAUGAAGAGACUAUUGGCGGCAUAGUGGAUUGGCAAAUGGUUCACCUUGGAAGUCCUGUUGAAGAUCUUAUGCGAAUACUGAGCACGAGUACAACAGUAGAGAUGCGAAGAAGACUAUUGCAUCCACUCCUUGAUUUUUACUACGACAAGAUGAAAAGCUUGCUUGGUGACGACAUGCCAUUCUCGAGAGAAUAUAUCAAUGAAGAACUCAUCCACGAUGCACCAUUUGGCUGUUUCAACACAAUCUUCGCCACUUGUUUCUGGCUGAACUCGUCUGAUGUUCUAAAAAAGGAUGGAAAAGUUUCAGCAGAACGACAAAAAGAGCUGUUGAAUCGAUGUAAAUGUUAUGUUGAGGACACAAUUGAGCUCUGCGGAUGGUGAUCAUGCGCACCAACGCUAUUUGACUGAAGUGCCCUCAGCAAUAUUUUAUCGUUUUUGGGCUCUACUCAUAAAGUUUAUCCUGCUUUUCUUACUGACUAACACGAGACAUAUGCGAUAUAGGG